AUGCAUACCAAACGCAGUGCCUUAUGGAGGCUAACCUUGAGUUCAAUCUCCCUCCUUAUUUUCUCCCUGUUUCUCCUCCGUUUCUCGUUUAUCCCAUCCUUCCGAUUAUCCUCUUCAGAUCCUGGUGCAGUUGCCCUGGAUAAUGACUUUUACUACUCCCCUUCUCUUGCUCACGUCUCCAAACGGGAAGACAACCCACCCGCGGAUCCGUAUGAGAAAGCUCUCAGAAAGGGCGAAGCACUCUACUGUGAUAUGAAGGCGACUCAAGCAGCACUUGAGACCAAGAACGGAAAGUCUGCAGAGUCGCCUUCAUAUCUCCAGAAACAUGGCUUAGAGGACUAUGAAGGCUGGAAUAAACUUGCAAACCAAAAUCCAACAUUUGGAGAUCGUUUGAACGAGGCGUUGAAGGGUAUCGGAGCCCCUACCAGCUUGUACCACUAUAACUGGGUGAAUUUUGGAGGGGGUGAUUGGUACUCUGAUCCCGCCGGAUUUCUCGAUGGUUCUCUAGACCUAAACGAAGCUGAAGUGAAAGCAAUCGAGCCUACCGGGGCAAACUUUGCGAGUUCCUUUUCUCUGAACCCUGGCGUCAUCAUUGCCGACCAUAACGUCGGGGUGAAAUAUGCCGCGGAACAAUCACCCCCAAUAGAUAAGGAGAAAACAGCUCUCACCCAUAUACAACAGGACAGAGUCUGCUCUGAAUCGGGCGGGGAUGUCCAAGAUCUUAAAUACAUCAUCCGCGCCCAGAUUGUGAACCGCGCCACACUCAAGAUCGUAUUCCAGGCCAUUCUCAACAAAUAUGAGCGAGACCACAAGAAGAAGUCCCUGGGACCAUGGAAGAAAAGAAUAGUCAUCACCCAUCAAAAGGAUCCCAAGGAGCUUUACGCCAUCCUGGGUAGCCCCAAUGGAUCAGGAGCAGCUUUCAUGUUGAUCAAUCACAAGAAUCGACUUGGAGGGGCAAGAGUUAUUAACAAAGUCGAGGUAUUUGUUCCUGAGGGUAAUUUUGAGGUUACUGGUGCUGAGGUCGGCCGUGAACAAGAGGAAUGGCAUGUCAUGCUUUUGUUUCAUAUCGUUGACGCUUCUCGAGCUUGA